AUGGGUGAAGUGGAAAGAAAAGAUAGAGAGAAAAGAGCUCGGGGAAAUAUGACAACUAUUGAUUCUGGAAAGCCACCUCUUCCUAGGAUUGCUCUAGGAGUUACUCUCAGAAAAAGUCAAGGGGAAACCGAGGAAGACUUCGAGAGAAGAACUCAAAAGUUGAACGAGUUUAGAGAUUAUAAAAGAAUGAACUUCCCACAAGAAAAUCUGGUUCUCCCUGAGAAACCAUUACUUACUAACAGCUACCAACAGCGUCGUCAGUUCCGACGGAAAAUGAUUCUUACCAAUGGAUCGUUACGACCUUUUACAACUACGAUUAAUGGUACGGCCUCUAACAUCAUGCCAGUAUCUUCAGGAGUUGCAGUUAUGGAUACUGGUGUGUCUGAAAGCAUUGUGGGGCGAUCAACGUCUACCAGUCCAGUGUCAGAUCUAACAGCUAUGGCGUCUGCUACGUCAACCAGUCCCGCCCUUUCUUUUGAACAGGAGGAUAAAGAACUACAGAAGAAACUGGAAGAAAGAAAUCCAGUGAUAGAUAUGUCUGUGUAUGUGAUUCCGAGGGGAAUAUUAGAUUUAUCGAAGUAUUUCAUCCAGGCGGAUGUUAACUCUGAUCACCAGGUGGAUGUCAACUCUGAUCACCAGGUUGAUGUCAACUCUGAUCACCAGGUUGAUGUUAACUUUGAUCACCAGGUGGAUGUCAACUCCAAGAAGAUCGCAGGUGAAAUCCUUCAAGAUCUUCUCGACAAUUUUGAUCUUGGUGAAGAAAAUGUAAACCUGGCAUGCCAGAAUGAUUCUUCUGAAGCAGAUGAAGAUGAACACGAAUUGGAGUUUUACGUUCAUUACUGGCUAUUAGGCUCAAAUGGGAAAUGGCCACCUUUCUUGUAUCAUAAAUGUACGACAUGGUUAUAUCCAGAACAAAGACGAAAAUAUGACAUUUGUAUUGAUUCAAGAAGACAAAUAGACAAUCAUCUGUAA